AUGUCAGCUUGUUUUGACGGUUGAGUGUCAAUUGUCAACCAAGAAAAUAGUAAAGCCGGAUUGUUGAUUUUUAUCAAUAGUGAUUAAAAAUAAUUUAGAAAUAUAUAGUACAGUAAAUACUUAAUGUUGGCACAAAUUUGAUAUUCCAAAUGUAAUAAGCAUUUAAAUAUCGAUAAUGGCUUUAGUCUUAAAAUAUGUGGUGGCUGCACUAGUGAGGUAUUGGCUUAUUCAUUCAGAUUAUUGGCAAACACUAUCAAACAGAGUUGAAAUAGCCACACCUCUAAACUCAUGGAAAAGGCUAGUAGAAGGCAUUUACUUAUUUGAACAUAACAUAGAUCCCUAUGAUGGUGACUCCUUUCAUGAAUCCCCUUUAUUACUUAUAUCCUUCUACAGUCUUCUGAAGUAUGCACCAUACCUAUUACCAGGAGUUUUUACAUUAAUUGAUAUAUUAACAGCAUACUUUUUGUAUAAAACAGCAAAGAUAUUUGUCAGAAUUUUGAAGAGUAAUCAGGAAAAGAAUAUAGAAGUAAUCUCCGAUGAGUCAAAGGCAAUGAUGUUGACAAAUUUACAGUUGGAAGAAGUGCCAGAAUAUGUUCUGUCAGUGUAUUUAUUUAAUCCAUAUUCAGUCUUAAAUUGUGUUGGAAUGACGACUACUGUAGUCCAGAACUUAUUAUUAGCUGUCUCACUGUGGGGAUCUGUUGCUGGACAUAGAUUAGUGGCAUGUAUUUUCAUUGCUCUAGCCACACAUCAAGCUCUCUAUCCUAUAACUUUGAUUGUGCCUAUAUCAAUAUUACUUGCUGAUGUUAACAAAGGUUGCAAAAAGUGCUCAUACAUAAGAACUCUCUUAGUCUUUAUAUUGUGUUGGGGUUUUUUGAUUUUAACAUCUGCCUAUAUAAUGAAUGGUUCAUAUUCUUAUAUCUAUAAUACAUAUGGGUUUAUAUUAAAUGUUCCUGAUCUCAAACCAAAUAUAGGAUUAUUCUGGUAUUUUUUCACUGAAAUGUUUGAACACUUUAGAUUACUUUUUGUAUGUGCAUUUCAAAUAAAUGCACUGAUUUUGUAUGUAGUGCCACUGACAUUGAGGUUUAAGAAUGAACCUGUUUUAUUAGCAACAGUCCUUAUUGCUCUGUCAACAAUAUUUAGAUCAUAUCCAUGUGUGGGUGAUGUUGGUUUCUACUUAGCUCUUUUACCUAUGUGGAAGCAUUUAUUUACUUUUAUGCAGCAGAAGUUUAUUGCUGGUUGUGCAUUUAUUAUUACAUCAGUAUUAGGACCAACAGUUUGGCAUUUAUGGAUAUAUUCAGGAUCAGCUAAUGCAAACUUCUUUUUUGGUGUAACAUUAUCAUUUGCAACUGCACAAAUAUUUCUCAUAACAGACUUGAUGUUUGCAUACUUAAAAAGAGAAUUUACACUAAAACAUGGCUCAUCUCGUCAAGUAGAUGGUAAACCGGCGAAGUUGGUUCUAAGAUAAAGAUAAGCCAACUUUAUUUCACAUAUUAUUUUUACAUUUAAGCUUUACACUGAGCCUUCAAAUAAUUUUCCUUAUAACCAAUAUGUUCGAAAAUGUUAUGGAAUAAAAUGCCAUUAAGUUGUGAUGAGGGCUACAGUGCUGAUUUUAAUAAGAACUUGAAAAUGCAGCUAUAAUAGUGUGUAAAAUAUAAUUAGAAGAAAUUUUUUUUUCAUGAUGAAUAUCAAUGAACUGUAUUAUUUAUUUGUUGUAGAUUUACCAACAAUUUGCAUUUUAAAAAUAAAGCAUAAUAACUGUAAAGAUUUUUUAUGUUCAAAAGUACAAUAACUAUUACUCAAUCAUCAUGUAAUAUGACCAUUUUAACUUAUGUUUGAUACAUUAGCAGUAUGUUAUUACACGUUUUUUUUUAUUUAGGCGUACUUUUAUUAAAAUGUGAUUCAGAAUUCGUACAAUCACCUUAUAUAAAUUCGUUCGUACUAUUUUCUAAAAUUCUUAAACAGUUAAAGAAUUGAAUUUAUAAAUGUUCAUGUAAUUGGAAUUAUUUAAUUUAACAAAGCGCCACCUAUUGUUCGCCAUUCCACAGGUCCUCUAAAGUGAAUAACUUUGUUAACCGUGAACCAUUAAAAAAUAGAUAAUAAUUUCAUAGUUUGUAUUUCUAUAACGAUUUUCAAAAUACCAGGUUACCAUUGUCAAGGAAUUGAUUAAAUUAUGUGUUUUUGUAUUAAAAAACUACAGUACAUUCCGCAAUGAACAAAUAUUUUUAAUGUAUUAAAGUAAUAGUUAAAAUAUAUGAGAUUAGUUUUAAAACUCUUGUUAAAUGUACUAUCACAAUUAUACCAAAAAGUUUGUAGUAAAUACGGUUUGUAUGAAAUAAAUAUUUUUACAGAU